AUGAGCGAGUGUCCCUUCCCCCACGGCCAGAAGCCGGCCAAUAUGGCCGGCGGUGGCACCAAAAACGAAGACUGGUGGCCCAGCCAGCUGCGUCUGGGCAUUCUCCGUCAGCAUGCCGACGCCAGUAACCCCCAGGGCAAGGACUUUGAGUACGCCACCGCGUUCAAGAGCCUCGACUACGACGCCCUGAAGAAGGAUCUGCAUCGCCUGAUGACCGACUCGCAGGACUGGUGGCCCGCCGACUUCGGGCACUACGGCGGCCUGUUCAUCCGCAUGGCCUGGCACAGCGCCGGCACCUACCGCGUCUUCGACGGUCGCGGCGGAGGCGGUCAGGGCCAGCAGCGGUUCGCGCCCCUGAACAGCUGGCCCGACAAUGCCAGUCUCGACAAGGCCCGUCGCCUGCUGUGGCCCGUCAAGCAGAAGUACGGCAACAAGAUCUCCUGGGCCGAUCUGCUGCUGCUGACCGGCAACGUCGCCCUCGAGUCCAUGGGCUUCCAGCCCUUCGGCUUUGCCGCCGGUCGUCCCGACACCUGGGAGGCCGACGAGGCCCCCUACUGGGGCGGCGAGCAUAGCUGGUUCCCCCAGGGCAACGACGUGCGCUACGCCCCCGAGACCGACGCCGAGAAGAAGCAGCAGAGCGACAUCCGCACGCGCGACCUCGAGGAUCCGCUGGCCGCCGUGCACAUGGGCCUGAUCUACGUGAACCCCGAGGGGCCCGACGGCAACCCCGAUCCCGUCGCCGCCGCCCGGGAUAUCCGCGUCACCUUCGGUCGCAUGGCCAUGAACGACGAGGAGACCGUGGCCCUGAUCGCCGGCGGACACACCUUUGGCAAGACGCACGGCGCCGGGCCCGCCGACAAGAUCGGUCCCGAGCCCGAGGCCGCCGACCUGCACCAGCAGGGCCUGGGCUGGAGUAACGGAUACCGGUCGGGUCGCGGCACCGACAGCAUCACCAGCGGCCUCGAGGUGACCUGGACCAAGACGCCCACCCGCUGGAGUCUCGGCUUUCUCGAGUACCUGUUCAAGUUCGACUGGGAGCUGACCAAGAGUCCCGCCGGCGCCAACCAGUGGACGGCCAAGGAUGCCCCCGAGAUCAUCCCCGACGCCUACGACGCCAACAAGAAGCAGAAGCCGCGCAUGCUGACCACCGAUCUAGCCCUGCGCUUCGAUCCCGCCUACGAGAAGAUCGCCCGCCGCUUCCUGGAGAAGCCCGACGAGUUUGCCGACGCCUUUUCGCGCGCCUGGUUCAAGCUGCUGCAUCGCGACAUGGGUCCCCGCGCGCGCUGGCUGGGUCCCGAGGUGCCCAAGGAGACGCUGCUGUGGGAGGACCCCGUGCCGGCGGUCGACCACCCGCUGAUCGACAACGAGGACGCCUUGGCGCUGAAGAAGGAGAUUCUGGCGUCCGGCGUCGAGCCCACCAAGUUUAUCACCACCGCCUGGGCGUCCGCCUCGACCUUCCGCGGCAGCGACAAGCGCGGCGGCGCCAACGGCGCGCGCAUCCGACUAGCGCCCCAGAAGGACUGGGAGGUGAACAACCCGCCGCGUCUGCAGGAGGUGCUGCGCGUGCUGGAGCGCAUCCAGCGCGACUUCAACGGAGCGCAGACGGGCGCCAAGCGCGUCUCGCUGGCCGAUCUCAUCGUGCUGGCCGGCUGCGCCGCCGUCGAGCGCGCGGCGGGCCACCCCGUGCCCUUCACUCCCGGUCGCACCGACGCCAGCCAGGAACAGACCGACGUCGAGCAGUUCGAGUACCUGCGGCCCCUGGCGGAUGGCUUCCGCAACUACGGCGGCUCGACGCCGCGCGUGCGGGCCGAGCAGUACCUCGUUGACCGCGCGCAGCUGCUGCAGCUGACGCCGCCCGAGAUGACGGUGCUGGUGGGCGGCCUGCGCGUGCUGGACGCCAAUUACGACGGCUCCGACACGGGCGUCUUCACGCAGCGACCCGGCCAGCUGACCAACGACUUCUUCGUCAACCUGCUGGACAUGAACACCGUCUGGCAGCCGACCGGCGGCGACCACGAGCGCUUCGAGGGCGUCGACCGCAAGACGGGGGCCAAGAAGUGGACCGGCAGCCGCGUGGAUCUGGUCUUCGGUUCGCACGCCGAACUGCGUGCGCUGGCCGAGCUGUACGGCAGCGCCGACGGCCAGGUCAAGUUCGUCAAGGACUUCGUCGCCGCCUGGGACAAGGUCAUGCAGUUGGACCGCUUCGACCUCGCCUACUCGGCCGUCCCUACGCGUCCGCGUCUCUAG